CAUUUGCUAACGUGUAUAUAAUAAUAAUUUAUUGUCGCAAUACUGACUUUACAAUCGACAACUGAUUUCAAACCAAGAUAAACGACGCAGGAAUGUUUCAUUAUAGGAUGGAAUAUUUCGGAAUGGGACGCGCCCGAAUGGAUUCUAGCCGCUCUUCUAAUCACGACACCGCAACAAGGAAAAAGUGGUAAAGAGGACCAGGAUACAAGUAAAUUACAGUGUAAAGAGCGCGUCCGGAGAGGGGAAUAGAGAAGUGGGUCAAUAAGGAUCCUCUUCACUGUUUAGUGCACUUGAUAGUCGCAGGCUCCCACGGACACUAUGGUUUCUGCUCCCGUGGACAGAUGAGAGUGUGAGCAGCAAUGAGCAGUGUGUAGACGAGCGUAGGCUGCGUGGCUUUACUAGAACAAAUUCAUUGUUUCUAUUGUCUGAAGCUCAAAGUGGUCCAGAAGAUGGGGCAUCCUCCUCUGGAGUUCAGUGACUGCUAUCUGGACAGUCCGGACUUCAGAGAGACCCUCAAGUGUUAUGAAGUGGAGCUGGAGAGGACCAGCAAAUUCCUCAAAGAGUUGAUAAAAGAUGGCAACAGUGUAAUAACUGCAAUCAGAGCGUAUUCUUUGGCAGUACAGAAGUUUUCCCAGACGCUCAGCAUAUUCCAGUUCGACUUCAUCGGUGACUCGCUGACAGAUGAUGAGAUUAACAUUGCUCAGUCGUUCCAGGAGUUUUCUGGCCUCCUGCAGGAAGCGGAGCACGACAGGAUGAUGCUGGUCCAGAACGCCUCCGAUCUGCUCAUCAAGCCGCUGGAGAAGUUCAGAAAGGAGCAAAUCGGAGUUACUAAAGAAAAGAGAAAGAAGUUUGAGAAAGAAAGUGAAAAAUAUCACUCACAGGUGGACAAACAUCUGAAUAUUUCUGCCAAGAAGAAAGAGAGUCAGCUCCAAGAGGCUGAUGAGCUUCUUGACAGAGAGCGAGUGAACUUCUAUGAAUCAUCUGUGGAUUAUGUUUACCAGAUCCAUCAGGUGCAGGACAGGAAGAAGUUUGAUGUGGUGGAGCCGGUGCUGGCCUUUCUUCACAGCAUUCUAACUCUCAACAACUUGACAGUGGAGAUGACUCAGGACUUCAUGCCUUACAAGCAAGAACUGCAGCUCAGCCUGCAGAAUACAAGAAACCGAUAUGAGAGCACUCGUGAGGAGAUGGAGGAGCUGAUGAAGAGGAUGAGGCAUCCGUCUCAGAUCUGUAAAAUGCACAGCUUCCUGCCCAUGGAGGGCUACCUGUACUGUCAGGAGAAGUGGGCUUUGGGCGUGUCAUGGGUCAAAUAUUACUGCAAGUAUCACAAAGAGGGCAGACAGCUGGUCAUGGUGCCUUGUGAACAGAAGCCUGCAACUAAACAGGGUCCAACACAGCUGACUCUAAAGUCCUGCAUCCGCCGCAAGACGGAGUCUAUAGACAAGCGCUUCUGCUUCGACGUGGAAACUAGCGAGAGAAACACACCCGUCACUUUCCAAGCUCUUUCGGAGGGAGACAGGAAGUUGUGGAUGGAGGCCAUGGACGGAAAAGAGCCUAUCUAUCAUUCCCCAAUUCACAAGCAAGCUGAAAUGGAACUGAAUGAAAUUGGAUUCAAGUUUGUGCGAAAGUGCAUCAACUAUGUGGAAACAAAAGGAGUCACACAAGAAGGAGUGUACAGAACAGUUGGCAGCAACAUCCAAGUGCAGAAGCUUUUAAAUUCCUUCUUUGACCCCACAAACCCAGGAGAUGUGGAUCUUCACAGCAGCGACUGGGAUGUUAAAACCAUCACAAGUGCACUGAAGUUUUAUCUGAGGAGCUUGUCUGAACCUCUGAUGACCUACGGUCUACACAGAGACCUCGUCUGUGCUGCAAAGUCAGAUAAUCUGGACUUCCGACUGAGUGAGAUUCAUUCUCUUUCCUACAAACUACCAGAGAAGAAUCGGGAGAUGUUGGAGAUGCUCGUUAAGCACUUGGUCAAUGUGUGCAGUCACAGUGAAGAAAACCGGAUGACCCCUUCAAACAUGGCUGUUAUCUUCGGACCCACACUGAUGAGAGCGAAGGAGGACACUGUGGCGGCCAUGUUGGACAUCAAGUUCCAAAAUAUUGUUGUUGAGAUUCUGAUUGAGGAUUCGAAAAAGAUCUUCAGUUAUAUGCCAGAGGACAGCACCUCCCCGCCCGUCCCUCCUCCGCGGAUCACCCCCAGAAAGCGCCAACCCAUCACAAUCUCCAAGCGGCCGCCUCGUGUUUACCAAGCUCUGAGUCAGGACCACUUCCACACACAGAAUGGCCAGAACAGCAGCUCUGUCGUGGACGGGGAAGUCUCAGCGAACCCUGUUCCCCUGCAGCGGACUAAACCUGUCAGCUUUGCUCCGCUGGUUCCUAGAGAACCUCCUCCAAGACUAGCGCUGAUGCCCAAACCAGCGAACCGCCAGGACAGACAGUCAGACUCUGACGCUGGUAAGAUAGAUGAUACCAGACAAAAGCCAGAUUUCUCUUCAGCAGCCAAUGGGGAGUCUGGAGUCUAUGUCACCAGAGUCCCAUCCUUCCAGAGCAGGAGACCGCCUCCUAAAAGCACUCCACCCAUCAGAGAAGAGUCUGAGGGUCUAUCCAGAACGAGGUCCACAGAGAAACAUGCUAUUUGUAGACCCCCUGUCAGGCCUCCAGAGCCCCCCUCCAGAUUACCCGCUCCACAAAAGCCCCCGAGUCCAGCCGGCAGCGAGGGCUCAGCCACAUCCUAUGUUGCCUCUAAAACAAAGUUUUUUGAGAAUGCCUCCCGGCAUGUUGGCAGUCCACCUGCCUCUCCAUCACCAACAACAGCAACAAAUCUAAAAAAAGAGAAUCAAAGUUAAGGAGACCAUGUGACCUCCACAUGUGCUGCUGGGUGCUGAUCCAGCUGGAGGGAGUCGCAUUCAUUGAACUUAGUGAUCUUAUCAGAUAAACUGCUCUCCGUGAAAUUGAAUGGACGUAUAGUUUGCAGCACAGUAGCAAAGUGAGUUUUAUAUAGCCUGACAGUCUCCAUGUGAUCAAUAUUCCAAAGUUAGCAUGGAGUAAACAAACUAUUUUCCCUCUUGUUUCAUGCGAAUCAUGUCAAAUAACACAUUAGUCAUUUUACAGUGUUAAAAAGUUUAAAUAACUGGUUAUUGCAUCUUACUUAGACGUCUUCUUGACUACACUCUUAACACUUGUGUUGAGCAUUAUGAAAUAAAUAUCCCAAAAAAGACUAAUUGAUUAAAUACAUUAAAUAAUUAUUAAUUUUAAAAUUAUUCUAAACUUCUAGAUUGACGAAAUGGACCAUGUCGUGGUUUUUUGUGAAGUUACCGGAUGAAGAAAUAAUUAUUUUAAGCUACAUCUACGGAGUAAUUAUCUCUGAUUUAGUUUUCAAAAAGAGUAUUUAGAUUACAAUUUUAAUGUCAUUAUGUGUCAUUCAGCCAUAAGUCACUUUUUAAGAGGCAUUACAGACAAAGUAUUCUGCUACACAGUGAAAGCCUUUAUUCUAGUUUGAAUGUACAUAAUGAAUAUAAUGCUAGUGUUAGUUUAACCCUUUGAUGCACAACAUGUGACCCGACAGAGUUUUUAUGUUCUAUAUCUUUGCAAUAAAUUAUUUUCAUCAUUCAGUAUUCCAGGUUUUCCUCAAUUAGUUUGUUUUUGAUCAUCAUACAUCCUAAUUGUAUGUUUUCCUUUAUUCAUUUUUUAAUAAAAUCCCUUUUUGUGUCACUACUCUCAAAAAUUACACAUAUCCAUUUUUUAGCUAAGUAGCUUGCUAAGCUAACUACUUAGCUACCUUCUUGGCUAAGUA